AUGUCUCUGUGCGACCAGUGCGAGAUCGGGUGCCGCCGUGCGGGCAUCAAGGACAUCGAGGACGCGUCCGCCGUCAAUGCAGACUUCCACUUCUCCGCCAUCUUCCAGCCCACCGACCCGCACCACCACCAAACCGAGUUCACCAAGAUCGAGGGGAGCGAGAAGUAUGUGGAGGAGCUGGAGGUGUUCGGACGAAAGGUGCUGAAGGUGAACCCCGAGGCCCUCACUAUCAUCACCCACCGCGCCUUUUCGGAUGUGCACCACUUCUUCCGCAAGGACCACCUGGAGGGUUGGCGCCGCGCCAUUGAGGACCCUGAGGCCUCCGACAACGACCGCUACGUCGCCACGACGCUGCUGAAGAACGCCUGCAUCGCGGCAGGUCGGGUGUUGCCGUCGUGCCAGGAUACCGGCACGUCCAUCGUGCUCGGCAAGCGUGGCGAGCUCUGCUGGACCGGCGGCGAGGACGAGAAGUACUUGUCGAAGGGUAUAUGGAACGCUUACAGGUACCACAACCUGCGUUACAGCCAGACGGCCGCGCUGGACAUGUUCAAGGAGUGCAAUACCGGCGACAAUCUUCCCGCCCAGCUCGACCUGCUCGCGGUGCCUGGAAGCGACUACGAGUUCCUCUUCAUUGCCAAGGGCGGCGGUUCGGCAAAC